AAAGAACAUCGAAAUGGUCGGCACCAGCGACGAAAAAGGGAUGACACCGAGUGGACGAUACCAACGGCGAGUGAAUGGCUACACCAAAAUGGACCGAAAAAAAGGAUGACGCCAGCGACGACUGGAAAAUAA